CUCAUUUUGGAGCUCAGUUUUUGCGCUUGACUUAUGAUAAACAGUGAAAGAGGAUUGAUUUCGUGCAUCUUUGGAUCUGCCAAAACGUUGGAUCAGUUCGUCGAUCCAUAAGCCAAUAUAACUCUAGCUAAUCAACGAGGCGAACGCAAAUCCAAAACAAGGAUUGCCGCUGGGUGCUCCUUUCACUGUUCUCGUGAAUUUCCACUGCUUGCAGCCAUUCCGCACACAACCUGUCACGUAGGAAUCGACCCCAAACAGCAGGAUAACUGCAAAGCAUGCCAGUGAGACACAGGCACAAGAGCACAAGCUCCUCUUAGUUAAUCGUUCUGGCUGAAGAGUGUUUUGUUCGGGUAUCACCUUUCGCUAGGUUUGCAACAUCUUGGCUAGGCCUAGGUCACAGACGACAGUAUCAACUCACUCUUCCCCUGAACAUUUGGGAGGAAUUUAUGGAGGUCAUGGCCCUUGAAGAACUUGAUGGGACAUCCAGACAGCAACGUCAAGUACAAAGACGAAGACAGCAGCUUCUCACCGUGAAUCGAGAGAGAAAGACUCUCAUGCAGCAGAUCAAAAGAAUACUGGAACAGGAUGAAGCAUGCAGGACCCCUGAGGAAAAUGACAUUCUUGCAUACUGUCCAGAUGUUGUGGAAGAGCUAGUCAAAAGGACCAGCCCUAGCUAUUUUGGCACCAUGUGCAAAGAAACUCCCAACGUCGCCCGCCCCCCCUCCUCCUUCGUAUUUGACCCUGAUGCAUUAGGAGGGGGAGGAGGAGGGGCGGGCCCGGGCCGGAAGGGAGAAGGGAAGAAAAGGGUACAGGACCAAGAAGAGCGAAGAAAAGAGGUUGAAGAUCCACCAGAUGAAUUGGAAAGGAAGUGCCAAAUUUUGGCUGAUGCUAUUCAAUCAGCCAGUCACUUGAUCGUUUACACUGGUGCUGGAGUAAGCACAGCAGCUAACAUCCCUGAUUAUCGUGGUCCAAACGGGGUAUGGACCAACCUUCAAAAAGGAAAACAGAUGCUACUCAGUGAUCCUAUUGAAGCUUGCCCCACCUAUACUCAUAUGGCAUUGACUCAGCUCUACAAAGAAGGAAUUGUUAAGCAUGUCCUCUCUCAGAACUGUGAUGGGCUUCAUUUACGGAGUGGACUACCUCGAUCAGCCUUAUCUGAGAUCCAUGGAAACAUGUUUAUUGAAGUUUGCAGGAGAUGCAGUCCCUUAAGACUAUAUGUGAGGCUGUUUGAUGUCACUGAGCGAACCUCUCGCAACCGACACAAAACAGGGCGAAUUUGUUAUGUGUGUGGAGGGCAUCUGGAAGAUACCAUUGUCCACUUUGGUGAGAAAGGUCGUCUGAGGUGGCCCCUAAAUUGGGAAGGUGUGAAGGAGGCUGUGGAUAAAUGUGAUAUGAUAUUGUGCUUGGGAAGUAGUUGCAAGGUCUUACGACAUUAUCCUGGAAUUUGGGGAUCACAUCGCCCAGCAAAACAGCGUCCCAAAUUGUACAUUGUGAAUUUGCAGUGGACGCCUAAAGAUCUUUCUGCUACUCUCAAAAUCAAUGGGAGAUGUGAUCAGGUAAUGAGUCGUGUAAUGGAAAUUCUGAGGAAAGCAGUCCCCGAGUACAAACUGAGUGGUGAUCCCAUCUUCUAUGUUGCUACUCCUCUUCAUCCUGCUGAGAUCAACACAACAACCAAACUCUCACUCCAAGCACCCAAGCAAGAAUCUCCAGAGAUUCCUUGUCUUGACUAUAAACCACAGGACUCCUCAAGAUUCAAGUUUCUUCCAUCUGACCACCACCCUUACAAAGAUGCCAAAGAAGAAGACUGUGAUAUGAAUGAUUCUGAAGAUGUUCCUGAGAGCUCAAGUGGACCUGCAAAGUUUACUCCACCAGUGAUCCAGGAUAAUCCAAAUGGCUGGGGGCCUCGAGUUGGAGCUGUUCCUGACAAAUUUAAGGACAUGCCCUAUCAGCCAUUCUCAAAGGGAGACCGCCUUGGCAAGGUCUCUGACUGGUAUGGUGCCACGUAUCAGGACCGGAAGUAUGCUAAUAAAUACCAGAGCUCAUUUGGGGCUGGCAGUCAGUAUGCAUACUACCAUGAGGAGGAUGAAAGUUCUUUCCAAUUGGUGGACACUACCCGUGUCCAGAAGCCGUUGUACCAACGUGGGCGUUACAUGAGAGGUCGGGGAGGCCGUAAUCAACGUGGGCAACAAAGGCAGCAGCAGUCGCAAGUCCUAGGCAGAGGCUUCAGGUCCAAGGACAAGGACAGAGCUCGCAUUCAGCGCAGGCUACAGAAGCAGUUUGGGAAUCGUCAGCGCUAUGAUCAGCAAAAUCGUCAACCAGUGAAGAUGAGGGAGUCAAGUGUGACUGUGAAACCAGAUUGGAAGGUAAUAGAGGAGAUGGAUUUCCCUCGCUUGUCGAAGCUCUCCCUACCGAAUGUGGAAGAUGGAAUUGAUUUGAAGAAAUGUGGGAGCCUUGAGUAUUAUGAUCGCUAUUAUGACCGUGUGAAUACAAAGACUGAGAAGCCACUUCAGAGAAUUGACCGCAUCUUCCACAAAGUCACCACCACUGAUGAUCCCAUCAUACGUCAGCUGGCCAAGGAGAAUGCUGGGCAGGUGUUUGCAACUGAUGCCAUUCUUGCUGCCAUCAUGUGCUGCACUCGUUCUGUGUAUUCAUGGGAUGUUGUCAUCCAGAAGAUUGGCAAUAAGCUUUUCUUGGACAAACGAGAUGAUUCUGAGUUUGAUCUGCUGACAGUCAGUGAGUCAUCUAAUGAACCACCUCAGGAUGAAGGCGCUAGCAUCAAUAGCCCUCGUAGUUUGGCUCUAGAGGCUUUGUUUAUCAAUCAUAACUUCUCUCAGCAAGUUCUCCGCAUGGGGGAGGAGACAUGCAAGUUUGAAGGAGAUAAUCCAUUUGUCUCAAACGAGGAAGAAGGUGAAGUUGCAUCUGUUGGCUAUAGGUAUAGAAAGUGGGACCUUGGUAAUGACAUCACUCUGGUGGCUCGAUGUGAACAUGAUGCUGUCACUGUGGGACCAAAUCAAGAGAUUCAGUUCAUCAAUGUCAAGGCUCUCAAUGAAUGGGAUCCAAGAUUUUCUGGAGGUAUUGAAUGGCGUCAGAAACUUGACACUCAGAGAGGAGCUGUGCUGGCCAAUGAACUGAAAAAUAACUCUUCCAAGCUGGCAAAAUGGACAGUCCAGUCCAUUCUUGCUGGUUCUGACCAAAUCAAGUUUGGGUAUGUGUCUCGUGUUCAUGUGAGGGAUUCCACACGGCAUGUCAUCCUAGGAACCCAGCAGUUCAAACCAAUGGAAUUUGCAAAUCAAAUAAAUUUGAGCAUGGGGAAUGCUUGGGGCAUUCUUCGCUGCAUUGUGGACCUUUGCCUCAAGUUGGAAGAUGGAAAAUAUCUCAUUGUGAAGGAUCCCAACAAGCCAAUGGUUCGACUCUAUGACAUCCCAGACAACACCUUUGAAUCAGAAGAGGAGGGAUCUUCAGAUGAAGAGGAUAAUGCUCCUAAGAUAUAUCCUCAAAAGUUGGAGAAACUGGUGAAUGACAUUUCUCAGUUGACAUUGAUCGAAGUCAGUGAGCUGAAUGAGCUACUAAAGAAACGACUCAAUAUCCCAGAUGCACCCAUGAUGCCAUUUGGCUCCAUGAUGGCCAUGACAGCAGGAGCUCCAAAAGAAGAAGAAGAGGAAGCAGAAACCAAGCAACAGCAGACUAACUUUACUCUGAAGCUCACUAAGUUUGAUGAAGCAAAGAAGGUGGCACUCAUCAAAGAGAUUAAAGGCCUUAUUGAAGGCAUGAAUCUUGUUCAAGCCAAGAAGUUCGUGGAGGGUGUUCCACAGGUGGUAAGGAAGGACAUCCCAAAGGAAGAUGCAGAAAAGUUGAAAGAUGCAUUGGAGAAAGUUGGAGAUGUAGGGAAUCAAGGGGGGUGCUGCAGUGUUCUUGCCUUGAUGUGCAGGAUAGGACAGCUCACAUUGUUCAUUGAUGUCUGUGAUAGGAGAUCAUCUCCAUUUCCCUUUCUUGCCCUUGUCUUCCUCUCUGUUCUUCCAGUCAAUUCUUUUCCUGAAGAAUUUAUAGGCUGUUUUGCCUAUAAUGAAACAAAGACAGAACUGCAUCACUCUAGUCUGCCAGCAGAGACAGUGGAUGACUGCAUUGGAGCAUGCAAAAGAGAUUUUUACAAAGUUGCUGCCCUAUUUGAUGGUGGUACAUGCUUAUGUGGCAGCUCAUAUGGGAGAGAGGGCCCAGCACAUUGCAAUAAGGUGUGCCGAGGUAAUUCCACACAGGUGUGUGGUGACACAAGUGCCAUCAGUGUCUUCUUCACUGGUCACAAUGCACCCGGCCCACCAGCCUCUCUGGACCUGGUGAACAGCACAGGUCUCAUGACCAUAAGGUGGAGCACCCCACUAGUCACAAAUGGAGAGCUGACCCAAUACCGAAUUUGGUUGAUGGCCAGCUUCUCUUAUUCUCAAGUGGAAGGCCUGCCUCCAGGCUUGGAGUGGAUAGUGACAUCUGGGAAAGACCAGAGUCAGUUAGUGGGUGUUAGACCUGGAACACAAUACAAUGUAAGUGUGGCUGCUUCAAAUAAGGCUGGGGAAGGACCUCCCACAUCAAAACUCUUCUGGAGCAAACUUGGUGAUCCACCUAUCCCUCACACUCCAGAGUUGAUUGACAUUGGUGAUGAGACUUUAACAAUGCAUUUGGAACCAGUGCUGGCAACCAAUGGUCCCAUUUCUGCAUAUCAAGUGAUAGCUAUUGAUGAGAGCUCCCCGGUGGUAUUCAAUCCCAAAAUGUUGACUGACUGGAGUCAUGCCAACAGUGAAGGGAUCCCAUAUUACAUUGCUGCUGAAAUUCCCCCAGAGGAUCUUCCUAUGAAGUUUGUUGUGGGAGAUGGAAAUAUUGUUGGAGGAUACCACAAUCAUCCUCUACCUACUGGGAAGGACUUCCAUGUUAUCCUUGGUGUGGUGAGCCGUCUGAAUGGUGAAACCAAGUCGUCAUAUGCUCGCCCAGGGCAUGAACAGCAUUCGCAUUUUGAUCAUACUCGAACUCAUGAUCACGAAGGUAACCAUGCAGGACCAAAGAAGACUGUGUUGAGUGACACAGCCUACAUCCUAGUAAUUGCUAUUGGUGUCUUUGGAGCCUUGCUUGUUGUAUCGGUACUGGUGUAUGUGGCUCUGAGGUUGCAUAUUCGGAUGAAGAGGCGAAGACAGCGUACAGUAGACCGUCAGGAGCUGGCAGUCCACAUGCAGCAUAAUCAUGGCCCAACGCCAGAGCCGAUGGAGCAUGCUUACAUUUCCAGUGCAUAUCUCCCAGAAGAUGAAGAGGAACAAGUGAAAGAAGAAAUAGGUCGUUUGGAGAGCCGAUUCCAUCAGGUGUCCCCAUCUGCAUUUAAUGUUCAGCCUGAGGUCUUAGGUCAAGGUAACUUUGGCUUCGUUCGUUUGGGAUUCCUCGCCCGGGAUGGAAAGGAUGGCAUUGCUGUUGCUAUACACUCCCUAGUUGAGGGGAAGCUGGGGUUGUCUGAACUCUCCAACUACUUGAAUGACCUCCAGGUGACACUAACUCUACAGAAAGUGCCAUCAGUCCUCCACAUCCUUGGCAUCUGCCUUGAUGGUGAAACCACCCAUAUAUUAUGUGAGAAUCAUCCCAUGACAUUGAAGCAAUUCUUGUUGGAAUCUCGUGCCCUGGUGCAUUACCCAGUGUAUGCAGAGAAGCAGCGACGCAUCUGCACACUCAAGUCUGGUUUUCUUUUCCAAAUGGCAGCAGAAAUUGCAUCUGGCAUGACUCAUUUAACUCAGUUACAGUUGAGUCACAAGCGAUUGUGUGCUCGCAACAUCAGUGUGGUUGAGGGUCGCCUAGUUCGCAUUGGUGGCCUUCCCCUCUCUCACUAUCAUUCCCUGGCUCAGGCUGCUGAUUACACUCGAUGGAAGUCUCAGGAGAGCCUGGGAUCACCACCACACCAUUUUCUGGAAAAGAGUGAUGUGUGGUCCUUCUCUGUCCUGCUUUGGGAGAUUGCAACACUAGGAGGCACACCAUACGCAGAUGUGCCAUCAAAUCAAGUGGGAUCUCGAGUGAGCAAAGGAGCAAGACUGGCUCAAGUUCCUGUCAUCCAGGAUGACCUAUAUCAAUUGAUGCUUCAGUGCUGGAUGGUUGAUCCUGCAGAGCGACCCUCCUUUGCCUACCUUACCCAGCAACUUCAGCAAAUGGCUUCUAAUACCCUCCUUGAACAAAUGGACUUCUCUCUCACGCCGGGAUUUCGUUAUGAACCUUUUCUGCCUGAGCUGGAACACAUCACCUCCUAACUCGUGUUGACAUGCUCAUCACUUCACUCAAAUUUUUUUUUGUGGGUUCAGUCCACUUACACUGCCUAGCUCAUUCAUUUCCAUUGUCUGCCUCCACGUCAGUUCAAAGAGUGCUUUGAGUUUUUUUUAUAUUUUUCCUUCAUGGAAUCUCAGUAAUUCAACAUUUUCUAAUUGCAUAUUUUUGACAAUGCUUUAAUGGGCAUUCUGUUAAGCAUGUGAUAUGCAUGUUUCAAACUCCAAAGGAGCAUUUUUUGAGGACAGAGGUUUUCAGAGAUGAGUCAAGCUGAGAACAACCUGUACCUGCAGCUCAAGUCCACCAUGUUUUGAGUGUCUGACCAAAACAUGACCUAAGACAACAAAAAUAAAUAUUCCCCCCUGGAAUGAAAUUUGGAAGACCCAUAGAUUGUAGCCAUCUUUGUCCUAACUUUGUCACAAGUUUAGUAUGUGAUAUGCCAGAAUGAUGAGUAUGUACUAUGCCUUUUGACGAAGUUUUGGGUUUAAAAAUGAAUUUAAAAAAACAUGAAAUAAAAUGAGUAAAAUAUAAACUUGUGUCCAGGUCUGGCCAGAACAGUGUCUUUAACAAGUAGGCCCUAGUCCUACUCAUGGACCAGGCUGCCAGCAGGCAUUAUGGACCGCAGACCAGCCCACUUAUUUGAUUCUCAGCACCCAUGGACAGCAGUCUCACUCUAAGCUGUGAGAAAAGUUGCAAAUAAUUAAUGGGCAAGUGGUACAGUUUGUGGCCUUAAAUUCUGGUUCAUCACCUGAAGCUUGCAAUGCUUGCAGUGGUCAAAGUUCAAUGGAAGGGCUUUGUGCAAGGUAGUGGAUAGUGUUAUAUCAUCAGCUUCUUUGUUUGAGAAAGUAGCCUUCAAAGUUUGGAAUGUCUUUACUGCAUAUGAAGCAAGGAGGAUUUGCACUGUUUUGCAAAGGGUGAAUGUUGUAAAUCAUGGGAAUUCUAGUAAUAAUUUGAUUUUGAUUUUUAGAAAUGUGUGGGCCUACCUUCCACUAUCUCACUCUGAGCCCUUCAAUUUUCAGCUUGAUUGCAUCUAAAUUGUGCAAUAUAAUUUUUGUAAUUCAUAUAAUAUCCUCUGGACAUUUUGAUUAGUAACUUUCAAGUCUUUGUAAUCCUGAGGAAUCCAAAAAGUCCACAAGUUCACUGCAAAUGAAGUCAGGUUCAGUUGCACCCUAAUUUGCAAAGUUCAUUACAUGAUUGUCCUUGAGGGUGAAAUACAGUUGACACGUUUCUCUGAAAUAUUGUAACACUUUUCUCUGCAACUAUUGGCUUGUCAGCAGUGACAGUGGGCAUGUUCAGUUAUUGAGCACUGCCUAUAGAGGUGGAGUGCAUUUUUAACGUAGUUGAUGCUCUAGAGCUGCUUAUUUGCUAUGUCAGUGUCAUCAAUCAUGGGUAUCAUUUAGUUAUUGAAACAACAGGAUCAUCAUGUGAUAGCAUGAAAGAAUCCAACAAUUUUCUGAACAUGUGUCCAGCAAUAACACCUCCAUCGGGCAUUAUUAUUUUACAUCCCAACAUGCUUUUCUGCAUUGGCAGAAGUCACCAUCAUGGAGUGGAUGUUACAGCUAGUCUUCUAUUUGUCACAUUGGUCACUGUGCUGAAUGGUGGAGCAGUUCCAUGGUUCCAUGCCAUCACUAGUUACACAGCUCCAGCACUCAGUAACUGACUUGCCCAGGGGAAAUUGUCUGAUGUAGGGAGCUUCGAUCUGAGCUAAAGUCAAUUUGGAUCUGCAUAAUUAUCAGGGUGUAAAGGCAUCUAGAAAUCUUUCUCCUAGUUUAUAUACUACUGUUGCUGUCCUUCCAUCACUGUUUUAUGGAAAAUCUGUCAGUAAUUAUUUCAUUGUCCCCCCCUCAUUGUGCAGGUGUGAUUCCCAUGUGAUAUGCUGCUCAUUACAGUUCUGAAAGCAAGAUUUUCUUGAACAACAUCUACUGAACCCUGUUAUUUGUAUUGAAAUUUCAAACUUCAGUUUUCACUCAUUUUUAGUUGGUGCUGUAUGUUGACUGGAUUCUUGUGCUACUUUCUUGAGCUUAAUUGAUUGCUUUUUAUUCAAGUUUCAAUGUGAAACAUCUUCUUUAUUCUGUAGUGAAUCAUGGGGACAGACUUGGUUGUGAAACUCCAUGAUUACAUUUUUGGAGUUAUGAGGAAUAUUUUAUGUUAUUAGUGUGCAUUGUUAUAGAUCUCGUACCAUUGAGUUGGUUCUUCUUAGUUUUGGUUGUUGACUGCAUGUGGUUGCAAAUGGUCUGCAUUUUUUUUAUCAUGCUAACCUGAAGGUGUGAAGUAUUUUGUACUUAAGCUUUAUUUUUACAUUCCAACAUAUGAUGGCUGUUUGAUCUCGAACUAGGGUUUGUAUCUCAGUCUCAUGAUUUCAUAUGCAUGGAUCCCUUCUUGUAUUUGCCCCCUGUCCUCUACAAUGAAUCCUCAUAUUCUCCCAGACUUCAGCCCGUUGUUACCUAAAUGAUCAGAUGUUAUUCUUACUUUUCUACAUUAUUUUUCCAUCAGCAUUUGUAUGUGAAGCAAUUCAUAGUUCUUCUUCCAUAAUUAAAGUUUAUGCUUAUCCUGCAACUACGAUUGAUUCUUCUAUUGGUUGGGCUUUGAAGAACUU